AUGUCAUCAGUCGCCAUCACACGUGAAAGACUUGCUCAAGUGCAGGAGACCAUUCGCAAGGUGCUCGUUGACUUCCCCAAACCAAUUUUAACCGAAGAGGAUAAGCAAAGGUUCCUCUCAGUCUAUCAUCCCGACAUUCAAUGGUCGGACCAUGCCUUUUUGGUGACCCGUAUUGGACAUGAGGCGGUCUUGGGGUUGCACAAAGCCUGGAACCAUUGCAACCAGCCGUUCCGAGCUGACGAGAAGGCCAUCAUCCCUACACCAUUUGGUGCAGUCCUGGAACAGGUUUGGACGGGCCGUUGUGCCAACGAUAUCGUGCGCCCGAGCGGUGAGGUUGUCGUUAAAGCAACGGGCAAGGACUAUGUCUGUCAUGUGUGCAUGGUGAUGGAGAUCGACCAAGAUGGUCUUGUGACCAAGGUUGAUGAAUAUUACAACCGUCGAUGGGACGAUGGUGUUGCCCAAAAGGAUUAUGUGGUCAUGAGAGGUGCUAGUAUCCAAUCUGGUUGA